AUGAGAAUAGCCACCCUAUCAAGAACCAACUUGAGCUUCUCUACAUUCCUGCUGACGGGCUUCCCAGGCCUGGAGUGGGCUCACCACUGGAUCUCAUUGCCCAUUUUUAUAGGAUACCUUGUGGCCAUUCUAGGUAAUAUCACAAUUUUACAUCUGGUACGAACUGACCCUUCCCUCCACCAACCCAUGUACUAUUUCUUGGCCAUUCUGGCUGUGACAGACUUGGGCCUGUGCAUGUCUACACUGCCCUCAGUGUUAGGUGUGCUGUGGUUCGAUGCUCGGACCGUAAGCCUGGUACAGUGUGUUCUGCAGCAGCACUUCCUCCACUCCUUCUCUUUCAUGGAGUCAGCCGUGCUCUUUGCCAUGGCUCUGGACCGCCUUGUGGCCAUCCGUUUCCCACUGCGCUAUGCUUCUUUGCUCACGGGCCCUCGAGUAGCAUUGGUUGGGGUGGUGCUGGGCAUGCGGAGUGCUGUCCUUACUGCUGCACCCUCAGUGCACCUAUUAAAAUUUGAUUACUGCCACCCAGGGGCACUCUCUCAUGCCUACUGCCUUCACCAGGACAUGAUCCGUUUGGCCUGCUCUGACACUCGAUUCAACAGGAUCUAUGGACUAUGUAUGAUCAUGCUAGCCAUGGGCUCUGAUGUCCUCUUCAUCCUGCUCUCCUACACUAUCAUCCUCCGCACUGUGCUGGCCAUUGCCUCUGCAGGGGAGCGAGUCAAGGCCCUCAACACCUGCGUCUCCCACAUUCUGGCAGUGCUCUGCUUCUAUGUGCCAGUGCUUGGUCUAUCCAUUGUGCACAGAUUUGGGCACCACCUCUCACCCCUAGUACACAUCCUCAUGGGCACCAUCUCUGUGCUCUUCCCUCCCCUGAUGAACCCUGUCAUAUACAGCAUCAAGACUCAGCAGAUCCGCCAUGCUAUCCUCAAGGUGGUUUCACUGGGAAAGAUGCAAUAA